AUGGCAACAGUAAAAUUAUGGUCAAGCAUUUACAAUUCCUAUCUAGUCCCAUAUACCGAGACUAUUAGAGAUAGGAUUGUGGUGUAUGAGGCUCUUGCGCCGUAUGUGAAGGAAGCUUCGCAAGAGAGUAUACUAUUUAUGACGAUUGGAUUGAUUGUAACUGCUGUGAUUGUGGUUGUUUCCUUGAGAAAUUUGAUGUAUCCUAAACAAGAAAGUAAUGAGCCGCCUAUGGUCCCUUAUUGGAUUCCGUUUCUUGGGUCUGCUAUUCGUGUUGGAACCGAUCCUAUUAGAUUCUACCAAGAAUGCCAGGAAAAGUACGGCAAAUUCUUCACUAUUACAUUAGUCGGUCGUAAAAUGGUCACCUGUCUCGGUGCAGAGGGAAACAAUUUUGUAUUCAACGCAAGACUAGCAGAUGCAUCAGCCGAAGAAGCAUAUAAGGGGCUCACGGUACCAGUAUUCGGCACAGGCGUAGUUUAUGAUGUACAGAAUUCAGUUCUUAUGGAACAGAAAAGAUUUGUAAAGGCCGGAUUGUCUCAGGAGAAUCUGAGAGCAUACGUCCCGAUGAUUAUCAAAGAAACGCUUGAAUACUUUGAGCGAUGGAACGAGCCCAAAGGAACUGAUGAUAUUCACGAAGCCAUGGCCGAGUUGGUUAUUCUGACCGCAUCAAGAUGUUUGUUGGGAGAUGAUGUCAGAUCUCAAAUGGACGAGUCAUUCGCCAAGGUAUACAGCGAUCUGGACGGUGGUUUCGCUCCGAUAAACUUUAUCUUUGAAGAUCUUCCCUUACCAGCCAACAGGCGUCGCGACCAAGCACAUGUCAAAAUGCGAAACUUUUUCCUAUCGAUCAUGCAACAACGUCGAAAAAAUAAACGCACUGAUACCCAUGACAUUAUGCAAUACCUGUUGGAUAACUGUGAAUAUAAAAACGGGAGACGAUUAUCCGAUCAAGAAGCAGCACAUAUUCUCAUUGCACUCUUAUUAGCCGGACAGCAUACAAGCAGUACGACAUCGGCGUGGGCGUUAAUCUACUUGGCUCAGAAUCCGGAAAUUUUUGAUGCUCUUCGCGAGGAGCAGAUCAGAGUUUUGGGUUCAUUGGAUGCGGAGGUUACUUUUGAUUCUUUGAAGCAGAUGCCUAUAUUGGAUAAUGUUGUUCGCGAAACAUUGAGAUUGAGACCGCCAAUUAUGACUAUGAUCAGGAAAGUGCUUAGAGAUUUGCCUAUUCCGGGAACAGAAUACGUAAUUCCCCAGGGUGCUUACAUCCAGGCCGUGCCCAUGAUUUCGCAGAGAGAUGAUGGGUAUUUUAAGAAUGCUGACAAAUUUAGCCCUUUUCGAUGGGAAGAUUAUGAUAAACAACAAAAGGAACGAGAUGAUGAUGUGGUUGAUUAUGGGUGGGGUGCUAUUCAUACUUCAUCUGCCAAGUCGCCUUAUUUACCAUUUGGAGCUGGCCGUCAUCGGUGCAUCGGUGAGUCUUUUGCGUAUGUACAGAUCAAAACUAUCCUUGCAACAUUUGUCCGAAUGUUCGAUUUGCGACUCCAUAAUAACAAAUUCCCUGAAGUCGAUUUUACUACCUUAAUUGUUACACCUGUGAAACCUUUGGUUGACUAUACGAGACGCGAUCAAAAGAAAUAA